UGGCAACCCGAUGGUCAGCCAGUAAAAUGAACGGGGACUUGGCAUGGGCUACAUUUCUCCUCUGAGCGGCGUUUCUACACAAAGAUUGCGUUAGAGAAGAACCUUCCUUUGGGCGGUUGUGACCUGCAGCUACUCCACGAAGUCAGGUCUCCAGUAGGGAGAAGUACCAUCUGUCAGUGGUGGCAACAAUCGGAGUGAUCUGCAGCUAAACUAGACUAAGGGCAUGCUGAACUUGCAACAUGCUGGCUUAUUUGACUUGAACAGCUUGAGGAAGAGUUAAAAGGCGGCUGUGCUUCGGUGAGAGCUUGAACCCACAGCUGGCGAAGACAUGGGGAACACUGCGACCAAGUUCCGUAAGGCUCUCAUCAACGGGGACGAGCUGCUAGCCUGCCAGCUCUACGAGAGCAACCCACAGUUCAAGGAGGCUCUGGAUCCCAACGCCACAUACGGAGAGUCCUACCAGCACAACACUCCACUGCACUACGCUGCCCGGCACGCCAUGAUGUGCCUACUCAGGUCGUUUCUCAUAGACAAAGAUGGCAAUCCUAACAAGCGCAACGUGCACAAUGAGACAUCUCUGCACCUCCUUUGCAUGGGGCCUCAGAUCCUGACCUCAGAGGGUGCGCUGCAGCCACGGAUCUCGCGGCCCUACGAGGACGAACAACGUCGGACGGAAUGCCUCCGGAUCAUCUUGUCUUGGACCGGGGCGAAGCUGGACCAUGGAGAGUAUGAGAGCGCUGAAAUCAAUGCCACUGACAACAAGAAAAACACCUGCCUGCACUAUGCAGCCGCCUCAGGCAUGAGGACCUCAGUUGAGUUACUGCUGCAGAGAGGAGCAGACCUGUUUGUGGAGAACGAAAACCGUGAGACUCCAUGUGACUGUGCCGAGAUGCAGCACCACAAGGAUUUGGCCCUGAGCCUGGAGUCGCAGAUGGUCUUCUCUCUGGCCCCUGAGGCGGAGGGUAUAGAAGCAGAGUAUGCAGCCCUCGAUCGAAGAGAGUUGUAUGAGGGCCUGCGGCCUCAGGACCUGCGGAGGCUGAAGGACAUGCUGAUAGUGGAGACAGCGGACAUGCUGCAAGCCCCUCUCUUCACUGCAGAAGCUUUUCUACGUGCCCAUGGUACAGUGAGACACAAACACUGGCACAUAUCUGAGAUCUCUGUCCUUUACAUUCAUGGAGCAAUGGAUCUGAACAAGUAGCUUAUAUAUGUAAAU